UGUCGCCAUUCUCUUCCCCACCUUUUGGGAACUCACCUGCAAUACCAAAAUCAACAGUUGUAGAGGGGGGAAAAAAGGAAAACAAUGGCCUCUGUUAGUUGUAAUUCAGUUAUAUUGCAUUUUUCCAUUUUGUUUUUUGCUUCAUUAAUCCCAAAGUUGCAUGCCAACAUUGCUGAUUUUGACCCUUAUUUGGAAAAGAAAGCUGAAGAAGCCAUCAAGUCUUCUCUUGCUGCUUAUAAUGAAAAUCCUGAGCAACUCACUGAAACUUUCAACAAGGAAGUUGGAGAAACAAUCUUAAACGGCACAAGGAGGUAUCUGAGGGAGAUGAUAUGAGGAUAAUGGUGCUGAGACAUGAAUUAAGACUUAAAAGAGUUAAUAAUACUUGUAAGGGAAAGUGGUAUACUCUUAGAAAUUGUGUUAUUUGGUUUCCCGUUGUAAAAUGUUCUUAUUGAGAAAAACACUUCUUAAGAAA